AUGGACGCCUUAAAACUACCCUGCCCACUACAGUUGACCGGCAACGUCAGAAGGAACUGGGAUCUCUUCAAGCAAAGACUGGACCUAUUCCUGACGGCUACCUCGACAGACCAUCCCAAGACAGAAGCGGUCAAGGCGGCCAUCCUCCUCAGCGCCGCGGGUGACGAAGCGCUUGAGGUCUAUAACAACUUCACAUUCGCCGAAGGUGAGCUCAAGGAUGACUACGAGACACUAUUGCGGAAGUUUGACGCAUACUGUAUUGACCAAGGGAACGAGGUUUACGAACGUCAUGUUUUCUGUAUGCGACUUCAAGGUGAGGGAGAGCAAUUCGAGCGGUUUGCACGUGAUCUGAGAACGCAAGCCAAACUUUACAAUUUCGGGACCCUUGAAGAGUCGCUCAUUAGGGACCAGAUUGUAUUCGGGACUAAUAACAAGACUGUCCGAGAGAAAAUGUUGCGGGACAAAACCUUGACUCUACAAAAAGCCAAAAACAUGUGCGAAGCUGCUGAAGCGGCGGCACAACAAAAUGCUGCAUGGGCCACCGAGCGCAUGCAAGUGGACUACUCUCGCCGAUAUGAACACGGCAAAGAACAGAAAGGCCGGUGCAAGCACUGUGGUCGGGUGCACGCGCCAUGGCAAUGCCCAGCCUACGGAAAAACCUGCUACGCAUGUAAAAAGAAGAAUCACUUUUCAUCGUGCUGCAAGAACCCGCAAGUUCACGGCAUUCAGGAAGAUCAUGAAGAUAGCUUUGAUGUUCUUGACGUCAGCAUCUGUGGCAUAAGCACAAAACCAGGAAAAGACUGGAUAGUGCGUGGCAGGGUCUCUGGUCACGAGAUAGAACUGAAAGUAGAUACGGGUUCCCAGGCCAACUUAAUGCCGCUUAGUAUCUUUCAGCGCAUCUCGAAAGUGAACGCGUUGCGCCAGAGCGCAGCAGUGCUGACUGCCUACAACGGUUCCGAGAUCAAGCAUCUCGGUGUUGCCACUAAAGCACUAGACAUGAACGGUACAACGAGAGAUACUGCCUUCUUUAUCGUCAAGAAAGGACGCCAAGCAAUCAUUGGCCUGAGCACAUGCAUCGAGUUCGGCAUUGUCCCAGCAAAUAUCGACUCAGUCAAGCGAAGUGGUGAAGCAAGGAUAGAAACAGAAUUUGCGCCUCUGUUUCGCGGAACGGGCUGCGUGCAAAGAAAGUACAAGAUGGUCCUGCGACCAGACGCGGUUCCAGUCGUACAACCUGCUCGGAAAGUACCUUUGGCACUGAAGCAACCAUUGCGUGACGAGCUGGCACGCAUGGAGAAAGCGUCCAUCAUCGUAAAAGUUAAAGAACCCACCGAAUGGUUCGUUCCUGGAAAGGACCUGCUCCUGGCCGACAUGCUCUCCCGUGCGCCUACCCUUUCACCAAACCCGGAAGCAACGGAGGACAUCGAGGUUCAUGCAGUUCGUGUCGUCUCAUGCAUGGUAACCCCAUCGACAAAACUUCGCCUUCAGGAUAGAUAG